ACUUGUAAAACAACAUGUAGAAGAAGGGGCAAUUUGGAAUUUUCUAUGAUAUUCUUCAUUCUUAUAUGAUAUAAUAUCAUAUGAGAAUAAGUAACCAUUUUGUGAAUUAGACCAAUGGAGUAGUAGAAAUCAAAAUUCAUUUCAGAGCAGAUAGAAGAGAUUGAAAGGAAGAGAAAGAGAAACAGAAUCAAGCAGAACAACAAGAGAAGAGAAUAGGUAACUUGUAUUUUGAAAAGUGUAGAUACCGUUUUUGGAGUAUGUUACGAGUUUUUUUUAUAUAUUUUUUUAAAUUAAGUCUUACUAUUUUCUCCCAUAUAAAACAACUAAUUUAAUUAACAAAUUCACACAAACUAACAAGAUAUAGAAUUGUAUUUUUAUUAAAGUAUUUAAAGUUAUUAGAAUAAUAUUAAUUAAAUAGUAUAAAAAUUAAUAUUGUAUUGAAAAUUUAAAAAUAUCUUUUAUUUUGUAAUAAUUUUUUAAUUAAGAUGAUGCAAAUAUUUCAUUGCCUGUGUUAUGUUUGGUUAGAUUAUUUCAAUUUUCAAAGACUUUUUACUCUUAAUAGGAUAGGUGUUGUUUUCAAAACAAAAUGCAAUGGUCCCUCAAAUAAUGCAUGGUUAAUGUAUGGUAGUAAUUAUACACACAUGCAUACUGAACAAUAAAAUUAAUAUAGGACUAGGAGUGUCAACAUUUAAAAUAAGGCCAAAUUGAAAUUUUGCAUAACAUAAUUCUUAAGUAACCAUUUUCUGAACAAUGAAGUAGUGGAAGUCAAAAUUCAUUUCAGAGGAGAUAGAAGAGAUUGAAAGAAAGAGGAAGAGAAAUAGAAUCAAGAAGAAGAACAAGAGAAGGGCUAAUCACUGCUAAACUCACUGGAGAGCAGGGUAUUGAGAUUAAUUAAUUAAUUAAUUAAUUAAUUAAUUAAUCAGUGUGUAAAUGGAGGGUGAAAAGGUUGUGUCUAUGAAAGAGUACUCAAAUGAGGAAGUUGAUGAUGAUGGAAGAAUAAAGAGAACUGGGAAUGUGUUGACAGCAACAACACACGUUAUAACAGUGGUAGUAGGUGCAGGAGUUUUGGCUCUAGCAUGGGCAAUUGCUCAACUUGGAUGGAUAGCUGGCAUAACCAUUAUGAUCACAUUUUCAUCCAUUUCCAUUUACACUUACAAUCUUAUAGCUGAUUGUUAUAGAUAUCCAGACCCAGUAAAUGGUAAAAGAAACUACACUUACAUGCAAGCUGUGCAUGCAUACCUAGGUGGAACAAUGCACGUGUUUUGUGGAUUGAUCCAGUAUGGAAAACUUGCAGGUCUUACAGUUGGAUAUACUAUAACUUCCUCCACAAGCAUGGUAGCUAUAAAGAAAGUAAUUUGCUUCCACAAAAAUGGACAUGGAGCUUAUUGCAAGUUUUCAAAUAAUCCUUAUAUAAUUGGUUUUGGGAUUGUUCAGAUUUUCUUGUCUCAAAUCCCAAAUUUCCAUAAGUUAACAUUGAUAUCAAUUAUUGCUGCUAUUAGUUCUUUCGGAUAUGCAUUAAUCGGAAGUGGACUCUCUCUAGUCGUUGUGAUAUCAGGGAAAGGAGAACCAACAAGAUGGUCUGGAGUCAAAGUAGGACCAGGAUUAUCAAGAGAAGACAAAGUUUGGAAGAUUUUAACUGCUUUGGGAAACAUUGCACUUGCUUGCACUUAUUCUACCGUUGUUUACGAUAUAAUGGACACAUUGAAGUCAUAUCCACCAGAAAGCAAACAAAUGAAAAAGGCAAAUGUGUUAGGGAUCAUAACAAUGACAACACUUUUUCUCCUAUGUGCUUCACUUGGUUAUGCUGCAUUUGGUGAUCAUACUCCAGGGAACAUCCUCACAGGCUUUGGAUUUUAUGAGCCCUUCUGGUUGGUUUCCUUAGGGAAUGUUUGCAUUAUAAUUCACAUGGUCGGAGCAUAUCAGGUGUUAGCUCAACCAUUAUUUCGUAUAGUUGAGAUGGGUGCUAAUAUGAAGUGGCCACGCUCGAGUUUUAUAAAUAAGGAAUACGCAAACAAAAUUUGCUCCUUUUCAUUCAACAUCAACAUGUUUCGGUUAAUUUGGAGGACGAUAUUUGUGAUAAUGGCCACGGUUAUGGCCAUGGCAAUGCCAUUUUUCAACGAGUUUCUCUCUUUGCUUGGAGCAUUUGGGUUUUGGCCACUCGUCAUCUUCUUCCCAAUACAAAUGCAUAUAUCUCAGAAACAAAUCAAUAAAUUUUCAUUGAAGUGGUGUGUGCUACAAUUAUUGAGUUUUGUGUGUUUUAUGAUUUCAGCAUGUGCUGGGAUUGGUGCCGUUCAUGGAAUUUGUAAGAAUAUCACAAAAUAUAAACUCUUCAUGUAUAAACAGUAAUAUUAUUUAAAAAUUUGUCGCACAAAUAAAAUGUAACAGUGUUAUUCUAAGAUAUCAAAAAACUAACAAACACAUUUUCGUA